AUGUCUGUCAUCUCCGUCAGUAAGAAGUACAGGAGUUCCCCCUGCAACUUCAGCAGCCAGUCCUAUGCCUCCACUGGCCACUCCAGAAUGAGCCCCCUGUCUUAUGCCAUCUCCAGCCCAGGUGGCAGCAAAUUCAGAGGAGCCAGGAGCCCCUUGGGGCUGGGGAUGAGCGGUGGGGCCGGCAUCAAGGGUCGUCUUGUAGCAGUGAACUUCAACCGGAGCCUGAUGAGUCCCAUCAAGACUGGGCUCGACCCAGAGAUCCAGCUCGUGAAAGCUCAGGAGAAGGAGCAGAUCAAGACUCUGAACAAUAAAUUUGCCCACUUUAUUGACAAGGUUCGCACACUGGAGCAGCAGAACCAGGUGUUGAAGAUCAAGUGGAGCAUGCUGCAGGGCCAGAAAACUGGGCCCAUUAACAUGGAAAACAUGUUCAAGGCGUUUAUCAACAACUUGCAGAAGCAGCUGGAGGACCUGGGGCACCAGAGGGUUAGGCUGGAAUCCGAGCAGGGCAACAUGGAGGACCUUCUGGAAGAGUUCAAGCGAAAGUACGAAGAAGAAACCAACAACCGGACAAGGAGGGAAAAUGAAUUUGUCCUGCUUAAGAAGGAGGUGGACGAGGCUUACAUCAAAAAGGAGGAAAUGGAGGUCAAGUUGCAAAAUCUGACCGACGAAAUCAACUUCCUGAUAGAGCUUUAUGCCAAGGAGCUGCGUGAACAGCAGACCCUGGUAGAGGUGUCCAACACCCCCAUGGUCACAUCCGUGGACAGCAGUCCCAAGCUAGAUGUGGACAGCAUCAUUGCGGAGGCCAGAGUGCAGUACGAGGAGAUGGCUGAGAACAGCCGAGAGGAAGCUGAGAGCAAGUAUCGGAUCACGUAUGAGCAGAUCCAGGAGAAAGCAGACAGGCACGGGGAAGAGCUCCGUGCCGCCAAGGCCGAGCUCAACGAGCUCAACCGGAUGAUCCCAUGGAUCCGGGCGGAGAUUGCAGCUCUGAAAGAACAGAACGCCAAGCUGGAGGUGGACAUUGUCCAGGCUGAGGAGCAAGGCAAGAUCGCUGUGGCAGAUGCUACAGAGAAGCUGCAGAAGAUGGAACAUGCCCUGCAGAAAGCCAAGCAGGACAUGGCGCUCCAGCUGCAGGAGUAUCAGGCGCUGAUGAGCCUCAAACUGGCGCUGGAUAUCGAGAUCGCCACCUUCAGGAAGCUGCUGGAAGGAGAGGAGAGCAGGCUGGAAUCCAGUACGCAAAACGGGAGCAUUCAGACUAAGACAACCGGCUAUUCAAGUAAAUAUAUUUCAUCGGGGGCACCGGGGAGGAGGUGGGCUGAGCACAAGAUUCGCUGGCAAAUUUGGCAGCUCGUAAGCGUUGGCGCUGCCCCGCAGUUCCUCCCCCCUGGAAAGCUUGAGAAAAAUAAAACCAGGGAUGGAAAAUUGGUGUCCGGCGUCCUCUCAGAUGAGCCUCUGUUACUUUAG